AUGUCUGCUGCGCCGUCUGGGGCUUUCGUGCAAGGAGUAACGAUGGAGCAGCUCCGCCUCAAGGGUAACGCCUGCUUCGCGGAUGACCCUGCUGAGGCAGCCGAGUACUACACGCAAGCAGUGCAGCUCUACGAGGAGCGACACGGCAAGGACGCUGCGUGCACUUUGGACGAGUUCACCAAGAGCGCUGGAAACGCGCUUACGUGCCUCUUUAAGAUGUGUGAAACAGAACAGUGUGCAGCGUUGGCAAUGCGGGUUCUUGCGUCGAACCCGAUUUUAGCGAAAGCCAACGCUUUCUACGGUCGUUGUGCUCUGGUCGACCCCUCCCUGGAUAGCGUGCGCACCGGCUUCGGUACCGCCAGUUCGGUGGCGCUCGUGCACCUCUGCCGCGCCAUCUACGAGCUGCCGGCACUGGAGCCGAGCACUCGCGAGAAUAUUGACGAGGCGCUGACUCGCCUCAUCGGAGAGCGCGUGAGCGUGACUGAGGCGUUUGCGCGGUCACCGGAGGCCGGCGUGAAGCUGAUUCGCGGGCAGUGCGGUGUUGGAGUAGAAGCAAUCCGCACCUUGCCUCCUCUGGUGGAAGUGGUGAGCCUGCUGACCCCUUUCUCCGUCGGCGCCUUCGAACAUUUUGCCGGAAAGGGCUGCUGCGUGGAGUGCAGCAAGCCUGUAGGGCUCGACGUCGCUGACGCUGCGGCUGAGGAGCCGAAUGAGGAGGAUGGUGACGAGGAGAAGGAAAAGGAUGAUGGCAAGAACCAGGCAAAGAAAGAGAAGCCCUCGUCGUGCACCACAUGCAACAUGGUGGUCUACUGCUCUCCCGCGUGCGCCGAGGCACACUGUGAGCAGCACGAGAGGUUCGAGUGCGCACGGAUGACGCGGCUAUCGGAUAUGAUGGAGGGCAUCGAAGCCCGCAAGCUCGACGUGCCGGAGCAGUUCUUCGAGCUGGCGUACCACUGCAUCACAACUCUGGCCGGGAUAAAGGCGAAGCGCCAGGGCCACGAACGCGUCCUCACACUCACCGCACACGUCGAUGAGGUGAUUCAGUCACUGCACCCGAUCGGUCCCCUCAUGUGCGACUUGUUCAAAGGGGAGGAGGACACUCCCACGCUAUACACGAUCAUUGGCGUGCUGUGCUGCAACGCACUGGAGGUGACGGACCCGAGCGGCCUCGGCGUGGCGCAGGCGUUGCACGCUGGCAAUAGCAUCGCGUCAUUCUUCAACCACUCCUGCGCGCCGAAUUGCGCGAUUGACACGGUGCGGCACGCCAUCGUCACCACUCGCACCAUCCAUGUCGGCGAGGAGCUGAGUAUCGCCUACAUCCCGCAGCUCUACUGGCCAACCCGUCUGCGCCGCGAGCGUCUCAGCGAGGGCUACUACUUUGUGUGCCGGUGCCAGCGAUGCCAGAGCGGCACCAAGGAUCCGUUUGAGCGGGCGCUCAGCAUGGAGCUGCCUACGGCACGGAAAGACGCUACAAAGCACUUUCACCCGAUUGUGCAGGCGGCCUGCGCGACGGUCCGCUCACGCAUGGUGGAUGACGUGUCGCAGAAGGACGCCGACGAGCUGAGCAAGCUGCUGAGUGACUUGUCAACGCACCUGUUCCCCUUCCACUAUCUCUGCCAUGAGGUGCGCAACUGCCUCAGCUUUGUGUACGCGGUGCUGGGGCAGACGCGGGAGUGCCUCUGCAGCUGCCUGGACGAACUUCUGAUGUGGGAGUGCAUCCUGCCCGGCGCCCUCCCAGUGAAGAGGAUGAAGAUCGAGAACGCGCUGGAAUGUGUGCAGGGGUUGGGUGCGAGUGUACGCGAUUGCUCUGCGGCACUGCUCCCGCAUCUGUCGCGCUUGGCGCUAGUCUAUGACGCCGACGGUCCCAUUUGA